UUCAACAAAAACAAAUCGUCAUAUUUCAAGCCAUGACCAACAACUAAAAAAAAAUUCUGAUUAGACUGCGCAAUGUGCAACGCUAUUUUCUUGGUCAAUAUUUAUAUUUCAUUUGAAUAAAACCAUUUGAAGCGUCGAUUAAAUCAAUUAAAAAAUUGAAAUGUUUGUGAUACAACCUAUCACAAGUUUAAACUUGAAAUUUGAUUUUAGUCUUACUUCAAUUUCUGAUGAAAUAUUUUAUUUUGGUUUUUUAUCUGCUUCAAAACGAAUUGGUUGAGAUAACAUUUGAAAGUAAUCACAUUAGAGAUUUUGAGGUGCAUUUGUCAACAUGAAUUUGAACUAUUUUACAACGAAAUCGGGCUUAUUAAAAGUUGGCCAAAUUGUUGUUGGAAUCAUUUGUUUUGGUCUUAUUAUUGGCAGUUUCAAUAAAUUGGAUGUGUCAAUCCAAGGUGUAGAUCCAAAAACUGAUGCAAGCAUAGAUGUCGGUAUCAAGAAUAUCAGUAUCUCUUUUACGGCAUGGCAUCUAUUCUUUGAUAUAACAGUUAUAAUGUCGCUGGUUAACUCAAUCGUUUUGAUUGUUUCGAUUGUCGGUUUGGGUUUGUUCAUUGAUUGGAUUGAUGUGAUUUACAAUGUAAUUGCUGUUAUUUUCUACGGAAUCGCAUCACUAGGCCUUUUAGUUCAUGCCAAUCCAACCGGCUACAACAAUUUGUAUGAAAACGCAUCGGUCCAUGGUAUACUAAUGGCUGCUGGAAUCUUUGGCAUUUUGAACGGAUUACUUUAUGCUGCGAGUGUAUUUUGUCGCAAACCAGCUAUGACUACCUGAACAGAUGACAAUUUUCUCAAUGGCACCGCUCAUGGAUAUGCGUAAAAUGCCCGUGUGCAACUGACUUCAAAUGCCCUUUCACUUCAUUCAGCUAAAAAAAAAAAUGCAACAAUGUGGACCAUUCUUAUCACUAGAUGUUAUUUUAUCAACACCAAAUAUAUGUUCGAUUUUCUGUAAAGCGCAAUAAAUACUUAAUA